GAGGCCAAACGCUUUGGCAAUAUUGACAAAAGCUGGCAAAGAAUAAUGCAACGCGCCCACGAGGUGCCGAAUGUGGUGACCUGCUGCACAGGGGAUGAUACGCUUCUUCAACUUCUACCUCAUCUUUUAGAACAGCUAGAGCUCUGUCAAAAGUCACUUACUGGAUAUCUGGAGAAAAAGCGACUUGUAUUCCCGCGUUUCUUCUUCGUGUCUGACCCUGCUCUUCUUGAGAUUUUGGGUCAGGCCUCUGACUCUCACACUAUACAGGCGCAUCUCUUGAGUGUGUUCGACAAUACAAAAACAGUCACAUUCGACGAGAAGUUCUACGAUAAAAUUGUUGCAGUCAAUUCCCAAGAGGGCGAGUCUAUCUCACUGGAUCAUUCAGUUAUGGCACAAGGAAACGUAGAAGUCUGGCUCGGAGAACUGCUAAAAUCGUCACGCAACUCUCUUCACAGCAUAAUAAAGGCGGCUUGGUUCGCCAUUAAUGACAUUGCCAACUUCAAAUUGAUGGAUUUCGAGACUGGCCAUCCUGCUCAGGUUGGCCUACUUGGCAUCCAGAUGCUGUGGACUCGCGACGCCCAAGAGGCUCUGACACAAGCUAAAGUGGAUCGCAAAAUAAUGCAACAGACUGCCCAGUUCUUCUCGGACAUCCUUAAUGAGUUGAUUGGCGUUACCACACAGGAGCUCAGCAAGAUAGACAGAACCAAGUUUGAGACUUUAAUCACCAUUCAUGUGCAUCAAAAAGACAUUUUUGAUGAUCUGGUCAGUUGGAGAAGCCUCAGCGACGAAUUUAAUCUUUAUUGGUUCUUACAUCUUUAA